AUGACGGCAGGACGGGAUACUUUGACGGACCCACAGAUUUCCACAGUGUCGGAGUCCGCUUCCUCGGACAUGGAACUUGCCAGGGCAAGACUUGAGCGGCAGAUUUCCCGAAGCUUCGAUGGUAACGUACUUCUGCUUUGUAAGCAGUGUCGAUCAACUGUGGCAGCCCUCAGAUUCUGCACGGGGAGCUCCAGACACUUCAAUCCGUCCGGCUAUUUGUUUCACAUCGGCGAGUUUUCAAGGGCGGCAGGUGUCAAAGCGGUGGGUGAGGCCUGCUCGGCAGAUUCCUGGUUCCAGGGAUGCGCAUGGCGCAUCGCGAUCUGCCGUCAAUGCCAGACUCAGCUAGGCUGGCGAUAUGAAAGUGCUGCGACAUCGGAUUCUGGAACCUUCUGGGGCUUGAUCUGGAACCGCUUGCUGAAGGCUCGCAGGCCAGACAGCUAG